CACACUGUUGGUGGGGAAUUACUGAGUACUAAGUUCCACCUCAUUACGCAUGUGCUGAAGAAGAAGAAGUUAGGAAAAGUAUAAAAGAAGGAAAGAAGUUAUGGCGGGGUUGAACAGAAUAGAGUAAAGUUGCUACGUUGGAGCUGAAGAAGAUUGGAUGACAUGGAGAAAAUUACCAUUUUUCAUUAUAACUACAAAAUUGAGCUUUUGUCCCUUCAAGAUGGCGCCUGAUGUACCAGUAAUUGACGGCCAUAUCCGUCAAUGUCGGACCGGGAUGGACUGUUGAUGAAGUGAUGAGAGAGACACCGUAAACCACGAAGAUAUGGAAGUGACAACCUUUAAAAAUGGUCAACUCUAGUGAGAUCAUGUUGUCCUCCGCUCAUGAUGUCCAGGAGGUGGCAGGCGUCCAGGCCACCACCUGGUUAGGAGACCACUUUGGUGAAAAGUUCCACAGACAAAAAGGUCAAUAAUCUGAGAGACAAGGCUGCAGCAGGGAGGACACGGUGGAGGAGGACACGCAGGUCAUCAUCACUGUCCCACCCAUUGAAACAGAGACGGGCGAGAUAAGGAGCUCUUUCAUGUGUCUGCAGCUGCAUCCAGAGGAGGAAACAUCAGCAGCAGCAGAGAACACUCCAUGGUCAUCUGCUGCAGCCAUGAGUUUGGACACCAUGACAUCAGAACUGGUAUCUGUGUCCCCCAAUGUCACCGCGGUGCCAUGUUCAGUCUUCACGGCAGCCACCAGAACCUUAGUCCUGCUUAUCUGCCUCCUGCUGGUGGCCUGGAGUCACACAGAGAAGAUCGCUGUUCCAGGACCAUAUUUCUGUCUGGGUUUGGGUCCACUGCUGUCAUAUGUCAGAUUCAUCUGGACCGGCAUCGGCACAGCCAGUAACUACUACAACAACAAGUAUGGAGACAUCGUCAGAGUGUGGAUCAAUGGAGAGGAGACGCUAAUAGUCAGCAGGCCGUCGGUGGUGCACCAGGUUCUCAGGAGCGGGAACUAUUGUUCACGUUUUGGGAGCAAGCAGGGACUGAAGUGCCUGGGGAUGCACGAGAGGGGACUCAUCUUCAACAACAACGUGGUUCUGUGGAAGAAGAUCAGAACCUAUUUCAGUAAAGCUCUGACUGGUCCAGGUCUACAAGGGACGUUGGACGUCUGUGUCUCCUCUACGCAGACUCACCUGGACGACCUGGAUGACCUGGAUCAUGUGGACGUCCUCGGCUUGCUGCGCUGCACCGUUGUGGACAUCUCCAACAGACUCUUCCUGGGUGUGCCUGUCAACGAGAAAGAGUUGCUGGUGAAAAUCCAGCAGUACUUUGAAACCUGGCAGAGCGUUCUGAUCAAACCUGACGUCUACUUCAAACUGGACUGGAUUCACCAGAGACACCAGAGAGCUGCCCAGGAGCUGCAGCGUUCUAUUGGAGAGCUGGUGGAACAGAAAAGGAGGGAAGUGGAGCACGCGGAAAAGCUGGACGACAUCGACUUCACCACAGAGCUCAUAUUUGCACAGACCCGAGGUGAGCUGUCUGGUGAGGAUGUGACCCAGUGUGUGUUGGAGAUGGUGAUCGCAGCCCCUGAUACUCUGUCCAUCAGUCUGUUCUUCAUGCUGCUGCUCCUCAAGCAGCAUCCAGACGUGGAGCUGAAGCUGCUGCAGGAGAUCGACACCGUUGUAGGUGAGAGAAACCUGAGGAACAGAGAUCUUCCAAAGCUGCAGGUUCUGGAGACCUUCAUCAAUGAGUGCUUGCGAUUUCAGCCCGUGGUGGACUUCACCAUGCGCCGAGCUCUGUCUGAUGACAUCAUAGAAGGGUACCAGGUACCGAAGGGCACGAAUAUCAUUCUGAACACGGGUCGCAUGCACCGGACGGACCUGUUCUGCAAACCCAAUGAAUUCAGCCUGGAGAACUUUGAAAGAAAGACUCCUCUUCGAUUCUUCCAGCCUUUCGGUUCAGGCCCCCGCUCCUGCGUUGGCAAACACAUAGCCAUGGUGAUGAUGAAAUCCAUCCUGGUGACGCUGCUCUCUCAGUUUUGUGUUUGCUGCCAUCAGGGCCUGACCCUGGACAGUCUGCCAAAGACCAACAACCUGUCCCAGCAGCCGGUGGAGGAGGAGCAGGAGGCCCAGCACCUCAGCAUGACUUUCUUACCCAGGAAGAAAGGGAUUCACUCAAAGGCUGAUCCUCUGCACAAAUACACCUGUUAAAUAAGGUUGGGUUACACCAGGGGGCGCCAAAAGCCCUUUACUCACAGUGAGCUAAGGUAAUUGGCAGCACGCUGUUGAUAAUGACGCUACAAACCAAUCUUUUUUAAAAGCCUGAAUUUCUUUACUUUAAAUGUGAUGAUGGACUGAGAAACUGUCUAGGGAGUGAAGGAACAAACACUGGGAUAUUUUGGGUAAGAUGCCUGUUACUUAUUUUACUGUAGUAUUUUCUUUUCUUUUUUGGUUUAACUCCUAACUGAGUUAUGUUGUUUUUCUUUUUGAGUACAUUUAAACAGAGCGUGCUGGGUCAUCUCAAUGUAUUUUUUUAUAUGUGAAAACUGUAUCACACCUUGAGUUAUAUGCACAAUUGUUUUACUUUUACUGUGGUAUUUUGCAUUUUUGUGUUGUAUUAUCUUUACAUGUAGCUUGAAUACAACAA